GUCAUACUGACAUGAAAAAAAAUUCCCUUGUAUUAUUACAGUUGACUCCCGAUAACUUGAACCCUCACUAACUUGAAUCUCAUGGUAACUCGAACCAAAAUCAAUUUCCCCUGGAUUUCCGUCAUGCAUUUACUGUAAUAAACCUCUGAUUUAAUUCUAAUUGAACCUCUGGCUAACUUGAAGUAGUUUUUGUUUCCCCUCAGAUCAUUUCUAUAAUUAUAAUUUUACCCUCGAUAACUUGAACCAUGUUUUGAACCCUUACAAAGUCGGGAAAAAAACAGCCUACUGGCGUCCGAAACAUUGAAUUUUGAAUUUCCCAUCGAUGUGUUGUAGGCAUAAUAAAAUAGGCUACUAGUGGAGGCUGAUGUUGUUUGUCACAAAUCUAACAUGAAACAGCUUUACUUCUCAAAACAGUAAAACGCAUGCUCUAUUUUAAACACUUUACUUGAAUUUAGCAUUUUUUUAUGAAUUGUGCGAUUUUCCUCAAAUUGUGUGAUGGGAUGCGAUUUGAGGUCAAUUGUGCGAAAUCGCACCAUCGCGUAAUAUCAGAUGGCCUGUAUUUAGGCAACAUUUUUGUUAGGUUAGGUUCUGAUUUAUAAUCUAGAAGUAUCUUUCAAUUUUCACUUAACAUUUUGACUGUAUAAGUACUCCCAAAGCAGCAGGCUAACAAAAAUGCAGUGUAGGUGUACUUACUAGCCUGAAAUGAGUGCAUGAAAUGAUGUGCUUACGAGUAGUUUUUUGUGUCGGGUGUCCGAAAAAGACUGAAGAAUACAUUUCGAUGCUCUGCAUUCAAUUGAUUCAUGCUUUGUUUACCAACUUUGUUCUUUCGUUUUUUUUUUUCAUUUUAAAUUGAAAACAAAAGCAAAUUUCAUUUCUUGUGCAAAAGAAAAUGGCAGUUGAGUUGUUUGAGCUUUUUUGUCACCUUUUAGUCAGAAUUGGUCAGUCAUUUUUUAAAUGUUUCAGCUUUGCGAUUAUAAUUAGGCCACUUCAUACAGCUGUACCCCCUGCAGUUCCAGCCUCCAUGUUGAUGUUAUCAGUAUUUGACUGUUUACUGCAAUAAAGGAAUCAAAACUGUUAAGAGCAUAAAACUAUAUUACUGAAAAUUAAGAUUAAUUAAGAUUGAAAAUUAUAUGAUACGCUCGCAAAGUGUAGUGAAACAGUUUAAUAUUAAACUUGAUUGGAAAUUCACUCGUUCACUCACUCCAUCGCUCGCAUGCUCUAAAACUUAUCGUGAACAGGUUUCAGACAAAUGAUACCCUGAUUUAUCCUCAUGGACUUUUUUUUAAUUGUAGCUUGAUGCACACACUUUUUUUCUCCUUUGUGUCAUGUUGUGUUACAUGCACAGUAAAUGUUAUUGAAAUCAAAAGAAAUUGCAACUGAUUCAAACUAUCAGGGUUGUCAGAAAGUUUUAUGACGUAGAUGACUGAGUUAUCAAAGUAAGCAGCCGUCCAGGUCUAUUUUAUUGUAAAAACGUUAUCUGUAAAGAAAUGCCAAGCAGAGUAACUGGCCAAUACUAAUCAAGUUGGUGAUGAUUUUCACUGGCAGCUGGCUACUUUUGACAACCCUGACUAUUUGAAAUGUCAUUCUUUACACACAGCAAGUGCUUGCCUUUCCAUUGGAAACUACUAGUUUCAUUUACUGUCGCCCAAUAUGAUGUUUUGUAACCUUUUUGAGCACAAAAAGUAACUUUGACACCACAGGGAGUUUAGUUUGAUUGUUUAAGUCACUUCAUGUGCCUUCUGUGUGUUUAGUGACAGAUACCAGUAAACCCCCUGCAGACAAUGUUCCUGAUGAGUCAGAUGAGAUGUAUGAAUGUGCUGAGCCUGGUACUGGUUCAGUUGAUGGUGUUCCAACCUUGGAAUAUUUGACAAAGAUCACAAAACCAGAUGAUAUCAAAGGUGUCAUUAAGACAGGUAGGUAUUAUUUUUAUACAAUGUUAAAGAAGUAUAUUGAGUUCCAUUAGAAUUGGACAGUCUGUGAAAAAACUAUGGAACAGAAAACAAACAAACAAAAGCUAACCAAAAAGAAAAGAAAAAUUAUACAAAUACAUACAAGUUGCUAAGUUUGCCAUGCACAGUUUAAUACAUGGGUUAACUGAAAACUUUAAGUUUAUAGUUUGUGUUGUCUUGUGUCUCAACAUUCAGUUUGGUCCUUGGAUUAGAAACUCAGUUUCGUAUCCUAACAUUGGUGAUAUCUCUUCAGGUUUCCUAAACAAACGUCGCAAAGAAGGCAAAGUUUACAUCGGAAGCAAGUUUCAGAAACGAUACUGUGUUGUGCGCAAUCAUAUCAUGUACUACUUUAAAGACAAGAAAUCACCAAAGCAACAAGGAAGCAUCUUGUUACCUAAUUAUAAAGUAGCUCUUGCUAACAAGAAAGGCCGUGAGUUUAUUCUCACUUUGGACGGCCAAAGGCCAUUUCAGGUACUUGAUUUGUAAAAUAAUAUCAAAUAUUUUGUUGUUUUUAGUUUGUGUCACAUUGGUUUCAGAAGUUACACAAUCAUUUUUUCCCAACCUGGACUUCUUUAGGACCUGCCAAUGAUCUUAACAAAUCUGUGCCACAUUAUUCUCUGUUUGAAAUUUUGUCAGUACUAUCAUUCAUUUCUUAAUGCCUUGAAGAAGGGUUCACUUAGCUAAUUCUCUUAUGCUGUCUUAUGCUUUCUUAGUAAUAUUCAUGUGAUAACAGCUGGCUGGAAUAAGUCAAUGAUGAAAAUUGGUAAAUUAAUGCAAAAUUUCAAAAAGACCUUGGAAUUAUUUACAUAGAGUGUUAUGUAAUAAUCAUUAAUGAUGAUGUCUACGACAUUAUAUUUUUUUUAUUAUUUUAUUGUUAAGAGUGUGAUAAACCCAUGCAUCAUUAGUAUCAGUCUUUAUAGGCUGUCUUUAUACACUGUAGUUUUCAAAGCGGUCAAGAUUAAUCAAUUCACUUUCCUGACCAAAGAGUUAAUUCCAAGAUCAUUCCUUAAUGUGAUUAACAUGUCUGGUAUGUCCAGGUCAAAUUAUUUUUAAGGACAAUUUAUCUGUUAUUUUUUAGUUUGAGGCUAACUCUAAGAAGGAAGCUGACGAAUGGAUGUCAGCGAUACAAAGUGCCGCUGAUGCACCACUGGUAGGUAAUCAUAAUCUAGACGAACUGCGUAACAGGCAACACUCGGAUGAUGAAAGCAGCUUACAUUAUGAGAAGAGUGGAAUGGAAGAGCCUGAAGUAAGAGCUCAAGAUGAUGAGGAAAUGUAUGAUGACACCAAAGAAGACUUGUAUGAAGAAGUUGGUAGUAUUCAACCUGCCACUCCCAGCCAACAGUCCAGUCAAUCAAUACAGUAUGAAAUUUCCACAGCAGUUGCUACCUCUCCUAAGCCAGGUUUGACUGAGCAGUUAUAUUCAUUAAAUAAAUAAAUUUUAUUUAUUUAUUUAUGCAUGUAUUUAUUUUUCUCAUUACAUUGAUCGUUAUUAUUUAGAGACACAAUCCCUCGAGAUGAAUAGUGCAUUUGCUGUUUUUUAACCUACAAUUAUGUACAGAAGUAUUGGGACACUUUUGCAUUUUUUGGGUGUUUUCGAGUUCACACAGGGCCAACCCCUCCCCUCACCCCACAAACAAAGUUGGAAGCAUGUAUCCAGAAUUUUUUCCGAGUUUUAAAAGAAAAUUUCAAAAAAGGAUGUACUGUUUUAUGAGGCAACCCAGAAAUAACAGAAAAAUAUUAAACUGGAUUACUGUCCCAAGGACUUUUGUCCAUGAUGGCAGUCAUGGACAGAAGUCUCGGAACGUUUUACAUUUUUGGGGGUUUUUCCAAUUCACACAGGCCCAACUCCUCCCCUCACCCCACAAACAAAUUGGAAGCAUGUUUCCAGAAUUUUUUUCGGAGUUUCAACUUUGUAUAGGGUGGGGAGAGGGAGAACUGCAAGAAAAUUUCAAAAAAGGAUGUAGUAUAUUAAUACUGGAUAACUGUCCCAAGGACUUUUGUCCAUGGUUGUAGCUAAGAAAAUAGCCUACAUUUUGUGACACCAUUGGUCAGAUGUCAUUUCUGGCAAUCAGUGGUAGCGUUGCAAAAUGGACAAAUCCCAACCCAUUUGGAAUGUACCUACUAAGAGUGGAGGGGGAUGGGCAAAACCAUCUAAAGGAAAAUAUUAAAUAAAAGCGAAGUUAGAGGAGGGAUCGACAUUUUAUCACACACUAGAUAACAACAUUCCAUUUCCGUCUUUUUACAGCUGAACCUUCACCCGCAACACCCUUGGUAGAUGAAGAUUAUGAAAUAGCAGAACAGCCAACUGCUCCUGCUCCACCCCCACCACGCCCUUCCAAACCACAGGUACCAGCACCUAAAGAUGACACACCUCCUGCUGUACCCCCACCACGCCCAACUAAGCAACAGCUCCCCACCCCACAAGAGGAAGAAAUGUAUGAAGAGGCUGAUACUCCUGCUACAGACCUUCCUCCUCCUCCAGCUCCUGAAGCGGAUGUAGAGUUGGAGAAUUAUGAGGAUCUGGAUACAAUUCAGGAGCAGGUUUUACCUCCACCACCUCCAGUCUCGGCACCAGCCCCAGUGCCUACUCGACCUCCUAAACGUAAAGUUUCCCCGCCUUCAAAAAAUGCUGGCCAGUCUGCAAAGCCACGUAAGUGUUGUUUCUGGUUUUUCUGCCUGACAUAUUUAGGUAGCGUUUCCGUUCUGUGUAACUAACUGGUGAAAUUUCGAACUGUUUCAGUAAAAUGGAGUCAAUAACUUACUUCACAUGUACAUGUAGCUGCAACGUGUAUCGAUUAAGCAAAACUCUUCAUGGAGAGAAUGUAGCUGGUUGAAGUCUCAAAAACGUUUGUUUUUUUUUUUUUUCGUUCUGCCUCAGUUCUUAAUGACCAGGUUAAAUUAAGCAUUUCAUGGUGGCUAAAUCAUAAAUUGACAUAUGAUAUACGUAUAAUAUGUGCCGCAGGCGAUGAAUAGGUAGGUUGAGUGGUUGUACACAAUACCUCAACAUUUCAUAUUAAUAGACACUGCGUUCUUUAUCAGCACCUUUGCUCUGUUUGCACACCUUUAGCAUAAAUAAGCUAGAGACCUCCAUAUAACUAAACAAAAAGGAUGGCUGCCUUUACGGCAAAUGCGUGGUUAGUUUUCAAACAAGGGACGGUAACUCAUUUUUUUGAUUGUCGUUGUUGUUGUGGGUAAAAGGGGUUGGAUUAGUUUAACUGCCACAGCGUAGAUUAACGCUAAAAAAUUUUAACAGAAACUGCUUUUUGAAGUGUCAACUUUCACGUCUGUCAUGAUGAUGUAAGUAGUGUAUUUGCAUUGUGAGAUUUGUGCUUGCCGAACAAUCAGUGCAAAUAAGGAUUCUGCAACUAUCAUUGCAGUAAGAUCGAGUCUGUUUGAUAAGAUGAUCGUUUCAGUGAUCUUAUGUCACAUUUUCAUCGGUUGGGCAGUAGGGCAUUUUUGAGCUUUCGUCCUCGUAAGUGUUGGUAUGAGAUCCAUCUGGGAGAACUGAUCUUUUUUGGUUUAAAAUGAGCAGUUCAGAAAGAUGUGUCUCCUCCGUGGAUGAUUACCCCAUGGCCCAUCGCCGGGAGACCCGGUAUGUUUGGAUAGAGACAACAGAGAUGGUCAAGGCUAACAUAUCCGUUACCCUUCAGAUUCAGCCAACAGGAAGGAUGGAACCAGCCGGAGAAGUGAUGUGUUGGCAGAAGAUGUGAGCUGUUACUGCGGAAGAAAAAUCAAGUCACGGGAUGCAUCUUCUUGCACAACAGAAGGAAAACGCGCCAGAUGUCCUUGUCUUCGCAAUGGAAGGUCUUGCACAGCAAAGUGUAAAUGUCGCUUUUGCGGGAACCGUCCAAGGAAAGAAAGGAGUGCGACGGGGUGCCGAUGUGGAGAAGAGAAAUACAAAAGAACAAAUGACCCAGAUUUUGUAUCAUGCAUUGACUCGGAAGGGAAAAGGAAGACAAAGUGUCCUUGUUACAGCAGUGGAACGGGAUGUUAUGAUAGAUGCAGAUGUUUAAAUUGUAAAAACAGUUUUGGUGCCACGGACAGACCUUUUAGGAUUCCUCAGCCAAAGCCACCGGGGAAACCGGCCCCUAAACUCGUUGGCUGUAGAUGUGGAGAAGGGAGGAAAGACCCAAACCCUGGGUUCUUAGCUUGCGUGGACGUGCAGGGGAAGCGAUCUAUAAAGGCCACGAGAUGUCCAUGUUUCAGAGCAGGAAUAGUAUGUCAAGAGUAUUGCAAGUGCUUAAACUGCCAAAAUUAUGGGGAUGAUGAUGGCAGUUCCUCACCUAAACGACUUUGUACCGUCACUGUUGUCUUAGACAGCGCAGAAGAAUAUCCGCUUUUUUAAAAAACAGAGGCGAGGCUCACUUGCAGUAGCUUGUGUUGAGACGAGACUAAUUCUACAGCUAGAAACAAAAAAAAGGAGGAGGGGGUGGG